AUGAGCGACACUAUUUCGGAGUUCACGGACCUCGGGUCGGUCUACGGCGCCGCCGGGAAGGAGGCCGCGCAGGAGCGGUACCAGCUGUUGAACGAGUCGUUCGUGCGCAAGUUCGGGGCCGGCCCGGACGUCUUCGCGCGCAGCCCGGGCCGCGUCAACCUGAUCGGCGAGCACAUCGACUACGAAGGCUACGCCGUCCUCCCCAUGGCCAUCAAGCAGGACACGGUGUUCGCUAUCCGCAAGGGCGGCGACUGCCUGCACCUCGCGAACCUGGACGAGAAGUACGAGGACAACAAGUUCCCGACCGACCCCGCGCAGCCCGUCGACGUGGGCAAGCACACGUGGGGCAACUACUUCCUCGCCGCGUACAAGGGCGUGUACGCGCACCUCGAGGCCCGCGGCAUGCCCGUCCCGGAGCCCGUCGGGCUGCAGGUCAUGUGCCACGGCCAGGUCCCCACGGGCUCGGGCCUCUCGUCGUCCUCGGCCUUUGUGUGCGCGGCGUCCAUGGCCAUCCUCGGCGUGCACGGCAUCCAGCUCACGAAGCGCGAGGUCGCCGAGUUCACGUGCACCACGGAGCGCCUCGUCGGCACCGAGUCCGGCGGCAUGGACCAGGCCAUCUCCAUCAUGGGGCGCCCCGGGGUGGCCAUGAUGAUCGAAUUCAACCCCGUGCGCGGCACCGACUGCCCGCUCGGGGAGGGCGCGACCUUCGUCAUCGCCAACUCCCUCGCCGUCAGCGCCAAGGCCGAGACCGCGCCGUACAGGUACAACAUGCGCGUCGUCGAGUGCCGGCUGGCGACGGCGUGCCUGGCCAUCGCGCUCGGCGUGGCCCCGGCGGACGCGGUGAAGAUGAAGACGCUCGUCGAGCUCGAGCCCCUCGUGCAGGCGCAGCUCGACCAGCAGCCCGCGGGCGACGAGGCGAAGCUCGCUGUGCUCAAGGCGGCGGCGAAGAUGGCGGGCGAGAAGCUGCACGAGGCGCUCUACACGCAGCAGGAGGUGGAGGACAUCAUCGGGAUGAAGCUCGCGACGCUCUUCUCCGGGAACGACAACAGCCUGCGCGUCCUCCAGGCCGCGACCAACACCGGCGGGUUUGCCCUGCAGCAGCGCGCGCGCCACGUGUACGAGGAGGCCGCGCGCGUGCUGGAGUUCCGCGGGGUGUGCAAGACCCCGCGCGAGCCUGCCGCGGCGAUGGCGGAGCUCGGCGCGCUGAUGGACGCCUCGCAGACGUCGUGCCGCGACCUGUACCAGUGCUCGUGUCCGGAGCUGGACGAGCUGGUGGCGGUCUGCAAGGCGAACGGCGCGCUCGGGAGCCGGCUGACGGGCGCCGGGUGGGGCGGCUGCACGGUGUCGCUCGUGACGGACGCGCAGGUGGAGGACUUCAUCGCCGCGGUGGAAAAACAGUACUACGCCAAGCGCGUGGAGGCGGGCGUGGUCAAGGCCGAGGACCUGGGCAAGUGCGUGUUCGGCACCAAGCCCAGCCAGGGCGGCGCGAUCCUGCGCCUGCCGAAGUAG